AUGUGGACUUUUGAUAAUGCAUUACGUUUAGGUGCGGAUAUGGAUGGCACGCGAACGUGCCCAAGCUACGACGCCGGUUUUGACGCGUGUGAUCCAUUGGGAUCGGUGUUUGAGUGGUCUGGACGUGGACCUGCUAGGGUUUUACGGCGACGCUGUCGGAGUGAAGGUGUCGAUCGGUCGCCGUACGAGGAUGCUUUACGCGAUCUACACCGCUCCGCGGAUAGUAGUACUCGCCAUCAUCGCCAUUUACCUAACAAAAGCUAUUUCACUAUAAACAACGGUCACAAAUUCCAUCUCGAUAGGUUCCGUCACGAAUGUGCACUUCCAGUUGCUGAAAACGGAGAUUACCGAAUGGCUCACGACAGUAACAUUCAUAAUGGCUACCAACCAGGGAGAACGAAAUAUCAUAGAACAAGUCCCACAAGGCCAUUAUUAGUGACAACGUUAUCAAACACUAAACUUGAUGAUAGUCGUUUACCGAAAGUUGAGGAAUUGCUUGAAAAAGUAGACCAUGAAAUGAUGGAAGUGACGAUGGCUAAACAGCCACUGAAGUCAAUACUCAAUAAUCCUUUGCUGAAGUCUCAACCACAUAGUAUAUUAAAGAAACCUAAAAACAGAUCAUAUCAGGAUUCAAAGUCAUCAUUAGAAGGUCGAAGACGGCAGAGAGCCUCUAGUGAAUCUGAUAACUUUUACUGUAAUUUUCAUAUAGGCUCUCCCAUACCAGGAUACGAAAGUCAUUUGUCCUACCUUUCAAGUAACAUGAAGCGCGCUAAAGAUAAUUCUGGUACUGGUUACUCAUAUGGCACGCCAGUCAGUAACUCACCUAAUAAAAAUUCUCAAAUAUACUCGAACACAUUAAGGUGUACUUGUAGAGAUAAAGUCAUUGUAACACCAAAGGAUGAUGUAUACAAAAUGCAUAUUUUGAGAACUACAGCGAUUAAUAAUGACAAUGAUGAUGUUUCUGAAGAAGUGCCUCGCCAAGAUACCUACACGCCCACUCGUCCCGCGAUCAGCCCCGCGCUGCCAGUCAGCUCGGUUACAGUACCCGUCAAGAAAGCCGUCAAGACUAAGAAAAAGACCAGGACGAAAACAAAAGUAGCUAAGAUGAAAAUCAGCAAUCAAGACUGCAAUGUGAUUGAUGGGGAAGCGGAAGAUUCCAACAGUCGAUCACCGUCACCAGACCCAACAAUAGAAACAUGGCAUAUGGAGACCGAUACAGUUACAAUCGUAGAGAAACAAGAAAAAAUUCCUCCGGCAAUAAAGAACGACGUAGAGCAAAACUCUAUGGUCAAACUCGCCAGCAAACUCAAUGGUACAGUUGUAUCUCUGAAGAAAGCCCCUUCGAAAGAGAGAACUAGCGACGAUAAACUAUUCAUGACAGCUUUGCACACAACUAAUCCCUUCAAAGCAAUACCAAUUCGAAAAGAAUCGUGUCCAAGCUUACCGGAGUCACUAACAAACUGUCUCAGGCCAUCUCUCUUCCCAAGAGUUCCUCCGUAUCUAAAGUUCAUACCUCACGAUGAAACGACACCGCUGAAGAUACCUUUAAGUAUACAGAAGCAUCUCAAAUGGAAAGUGACGACUAUAACACCUAUUGUUGUUAAGAAAACGUUGACUAACUCCGGUUUUAGAUUAGUUAAGAGCGAGUGUGAUACAGCGGAAUGUCCACAAGAAGAAACCGUCGAUUGGGUAGGCAUAUGGGGUAAACACAUGAAAUCAAUAAUGUUUAGAGCUAUCAAAGACGGACAGAAAAUGAAUCAUUUCCCGGGAACGUUUCAAAUCGGUCGCAAAGACAGACUGUGGAGAAACCUGCAGAAGUUAUCCUCGAAGUAUGGAAUCGCUGAGUUCGGUAUCAUGCCUAAGACAUAUGUAUUACCUCAUGAUUUAAAGAUAUUGAAACACGACUGGGAGAAAUAUGCUAGUAAUAAUGAGAGGUGGAUUAUUAAACCGCCUGCAUCAGCUCGAGGAACGGGUAUCAAGGUAGUGUCCCGUUGGACUCAAAUACCUAAAAAGAAGCCGGUAGUAGUACAGCGCUACGUAUCAAAACCGUAUUUAAUUAAUGGUAGCAAGUUCGAUCUUCGGUUGUACGUACUUGUGACGUCAGUGCAUCCUUUACGAAUAUACCUCUAUAAGGAUGGCUUAGCUAGGUUUGCAUCAGUAAAAUAUAAUGAUGACCCAUCAUCAUUGAACGAUAGAUACAUGCAUUUAACAAAUUACUCAAUCAACAGACUGUCGAAAAACUACACCCCUAAUGAGGAUUUCUCGGCUUGUGAGGGACACAAAUGGACAUUAGAAACACUAUUUCAAUAUUUAAAGACUGAACAGAAUGUAGACACGAACGCGUUAUGGGAGUCUAUAACGGACCUAGUUAUAAAAACAAUCAUCGCUGGUGAGGCCAGUAUUAGUUCGUUGACCAAAGCAAACAUCACUUCUAGAUAUAAUUGCUACGAACUGUUUGGUAUAGAUGUAUUGUUGGAUGAAGAUCUGAAACCUUGGUUGUUGGAGGUGAACAUCUCCCCGAGCCUGCAUAGCGCGUCGCCCCUAGACACGCACGUGAAGGGCCCGCUAGUGGCCGCCGUACUCAACGCGGCUCAGUUUCACGUUCCGCGCGCAGAACAGGCGGGAUUACCUUAUGAUAGUAGAUUGUAUACGGUGUACCUUUCCAAAGAAGAAAGAGACAAACAUAUUAUAUACACAAACAUGGAGGAUCGAGACUUGUACCUGCGCGACAUCCUGGCGACGCUGACGCCGGACGACGUGCGGCACCUGCUGCAGGCGGAGGACGAGCUGGCGGCGGCGCGCGGCGCGCUGCAGCGGGUGUUCCCCGCGCCGCACGCGCACCGCUACCUGCGCUACCUGGCCGGCCCGCGCUACUACAACCGCCUGUUCGACGCCUGGGAGACGCGCUACCAGCACGACCGCCAGCCCGGUAUCGACCUGCUCCGUGCGCUGUGCGACAUGGGCUACCACCUGCAGACGCCCGGCGUGCCUCUCAAGGUAACACCAACAGAAGUGAAGAUUGAAAAUAAACAAAUAUAUCUUGUGUGUUUAUUUUAUAUAUUUACUUUAUAUUUAUAUAUAUUUACAUAAUAAUUAUGUGUUUUAUAUCUGAUUUAUAUUAUUUUUAAAUAUAUACGUAACAAUUCACUGCCGUAGGGUAGGCUUACGAUGUUUACGUUAGGUUAUAUGUCAAUGAGUGUUAUACUUGCAGGGAAAGACCGGAGUUAGCGUGGUGAGAUAUUUUAUCUAAAAGCAUGACAUUUUUCACAAAACACUCAAAUAAUUAUAUGGAAAAAAAUAGAAUUUAGGGUUUUUAAACUUAUUGUAAACUAAUACAAAUACUUGAAUGUAAAUUGCGUUAAA